CUCACACCUGGUCCAACACUGGAGAAUUCUUCCAUUGAUUAUUGUGCUAGGUCUUGGUAGUGGUUUACCAUAUGGCUACCAUAUAUCAGUGGUCAGCUCAUCAUCUUUGCAUUGCCCCAACACCUCUCAUGUCCUCUGCAGUUUGUCAAAGGCUUCAUCAACCAGACCUGGAUAAAAAGGUAUGGAUCUGCUGUGCCGCAAGAAACAAACACUCUGCUGUGGUCCACAGCUAUUUCUCUCUACAGUCUUGGUGGACUGAUGGGAUCACUGGUAUCCGCGUACCUGAGCAGAAGGUUUGGAAAGAGAAGGUCUCACAUCUUCAGUGACCUUUUGGGUAUAACUGGCUCUCUGUGCCUUGGUAUUAGCAAGAUUGUAGGAUUAUAUGAAAUUAUUUUUGUGGGACGGUUUCUCUAUGGAUUCACAGCAGGUUUGGCACUUAACAUUUAUAUUCAGUAUCUUGGAGAAAUCUCUCCCCGUAACCUUCGAGGAUUCAUCAACACUUCGGCCCCAAUCUUUGUAACAUCAGGGAAACUCUUUGGUCAACUUGUUGGACUCAGGGAGGUUCUUGGCACAGCGACAUUGUGGCCCUGGAUGCUCUCACUUUGUGGUUUUGCACAACUGCUGCAAUUAAUAGUAAUGCACUUUUAUCCAGAGACUCCUCCAUAUCUGAUAUUAGUGAAGAAAGACCAGGAUCGCUGUAUAAAAGCUAUGCACAGAAUUUGGGGGCCUGGAGACUAUCAAUCAGAGAUGAAUGAAAUUUUGUCAGUGCAGGAGAUGCACAAGAAAUCUAAAAGCAUGACUGUAAUGGAGCUGGUGAGAGAUCCAUCCCAACGUUGGCAGCUGUACGUCCUGAUUGUCAUUACAGUUACUAUUCAGAUGUCUGGCAUCAAUGCAAUUUUCUAUUAUGCAAGAAGUAUUUUUCUCACUGCUGAUUUGCCUCCGGAGAAAAUCCCCUAUAUGACUAUAGGGAUGGGAAGUUUUGAGCUUAUGGCUGUCAUUCUAUGUAGUGUGAUAACAGGACACUGCAGAAGAAAAGCUCUCCUGCUUGGGUGUUACGGCUGCAUGGCUAUGAUGCUUGCUGGUCUAACAGUCACUCUCACUUUUUCGAGCUGGGCUUCUUGGAUGCCAUAUCUCAGUGCUGUGCUCAUUUUCUUUUUCAUCUUUUUCUAUGGCUUGGGUCCAGGGACAUUAACGGUUGCAAUAAUUAUAGAGAUAUCCAAUCACAGUUCCCGAGCUGCAGUGUUUGUGAUCAUUGGUGGCCUCAACUGGAUCGGACUCUAUGUGAUAGGGAUGGUAUUUCCAUAUGUAGAGGCUGUCCUUGGCCAUUACUGUUUCCUCAUCUUUUUUGCCAAUCUUGUGGCCUCUGGAAUAUUCCUGUUUUUCUUCCUUCCGGAGACAAAGGGGAAGACAAUACAGCAAAUUACAACAGACUUCAACAGAUGGAAUUUUAAAAAUAAAAAAUGGCAGCAACCUAUAGAGUUUUCCACCAGCCUUUAGUAAACUAUUAACGACUAUGUCACUGGAGUGGAUAUUCCUGCCCUGUAUACAGGGUAUUGGGGAUGUCUUCAGACCCUUUCAUUUUUUUCACAUUUUAUUAUAUUGCUUCCUUGAGCUAAAAAUAAAUUUAAAAAUGUUCGCCAAUCUUUGAAAAAGGAAAAACUAAAAUUUCACCUGGAAAUAAGUAUUCACACACUUUACUAUGACUCUUGUUCAUCUUUUAGAUGGUUCUCCAUUUUGAUUGGAGUCCACCUGUGGUAAAUUCAGUUGAUUGGACAUGAUUUGGAAAGACAUACCCCUAUCUAUUUAAGGUCUUACAGCUAACAAUGCUCAUCAGAGCAAACAAUCAAGCCAUGAGGAGUGAAGAACUUCCUGUAAAGAUUAGAUAUAUGGUUGUGUGGAGGCACAGAUCUGGAGAAUGGUACUAAAAAUGUAUGUUCCACAAGAGCACAGUGGCCUCCAUAAUUCUUAAAUAGAAGACGAUUGGAACAAACAGAACCAGAGCUGGCUGCCAGUCCAAACUAAGUAAUCAGGCAAGACAGAUGAGGGAAAGAAGGGUGGCUAACCUAAUUGUCACUCUGGCUGAGCUAAAAAAAUCCUAUGAACAAAUGGUAGAAUCUUCCAGAAGGUCAGCCAUCACUGCAUUCCACCAAUCUGGGCUUUAUGGCAGAGUGGCCUAAAGAGAAGACUUUCCUCAGUAAAUGACACAAGUUUGAAAAACAAAAAACAAAAAAAAUACUUAAAGGUUCUCUGGUCUGACGAAACCAAGACUGAACUUUUUGACCUCAAUUCUAAGGCUACGUUCACACUUGCUUUAUUAAUUCUGGUAUUGAGAUCCGGCAGAGGAUCUCAAUUCUGGAAUUAAACGGAUUUGUUUUGAUUUUGCACAUCAGGGUGCAUCUGUUCCGU